AUGGCAACAUCAUUUUGGCUUCUGAGUAAUACCUAUCGCCCGAGCCAGGAAUGGUUCCCUGCCUUCCCCUUCCGCCUGCUCCCCGAGAGGCUGGCUGGGGGUAAGGGGGGGCACUCUGGGCCCAUCAACGGCGCGGCGGCGCGGCGCCGCGGCAGGGCGCGGGUCCGCUGCCGCUGCGACGGGAUUUACUUUGACAGGCUGCAGGAGGUGGUUGAAGGUGGUGGCGGCGGGAUGGGACAACCACAGAGGUGCCGAGUCCCUUCGCGUUCUAGGCCCUGCCAUGCUCCUUCUCUGGGCGCCGCCCCCGCUUCACCGGAGCAAACCCCCUCGUCAUCAUCUACAUGUCAUGGUGCAGCCGCUGCGACGCCUGAAAACCAGGCGAAAAGAAGGGCAGAUGAUGAAGACGCGUUUCGUGUGGAUGUAGCUGUACCAAGCCCUGACUUGAUGAAGAAGAAGAAGAAGAAGAAGAAGAAGAAGGGGGGCGAUACGGGGCGGGGGACGAACGGGAUGCUGCACCUUGACCUUCGGCUGGGCGGGACUGGGGUUGUCUCGAAGAUGGGGUCGCACGGCGUCGCGCGGCGUCGCGAGAUGGAGGCUCGGUCUAGGUGA